CUCGGAAAUACACAUUUCAGCAUGCUUUGGGGUAUCUGAGGUACAUCAUGUAGAUUUUUCUCUAACAGUUUUAGUCUUUUUUUUUUGCAAGCCAUCCUCGUUUUUGUGGCGUCAAUAAGGGGGCACUUUUUGUGUUGCGACAGUUUUAACCACUUCGUUUGAAACGUUGGGGUUACGGAGCCGUGGUGAUCCAGCGUGGCUGAAGACGGUCAUUAGACCUGACAAAUUUUAGAGUUUUACCGAAAUAUUCCAUAAUGUCAAAGAUAAAGCCACCGAAAACAGACCCUCCUAUUAAAACGCAUCAGCCAGCAUCUACAGAGAAAAACAACACUGCGAAAAUGAAACGGAAAAAGUGGAUGAGAGAGAAGUUUAAAAAGAAAAAGCCUCCUCCAAAGACCCUAGAAAAAGCUAAACCACAGAAAAUAUCACCGCCAGUAGAUGCUCAGCAGUUCUCAGCAAACUGGAAGGAAUUACAAGAGAUUUUAAAGGCCUCUCAACCAGAGAAGAAGCAGCCUGAGACACAAAAACAGAAUGGCAUGUUGCCACACAAGGAGGCCAAAGACAAUCCCUCUAAAAAUAUGUCCAAGAACAAUGCCCAUCAUAAGAAGACAGACACUGUGAUAACAUUAAAACACAAAACAGCUCCCAACAAUGCUGUCUCAAAGGACUCUGAGGUGACCUCAAAGGUCCCUGCUGUUUCAGAGACGGGUCCUAAAAGGAAAAAGGAGAGUGGGACGUCCUAUGACAAAAAAGCAGCCAAGAAGAAGAAGCAUAUGGUUGAAGAGGCUAAACCUACAGAAGAGGACCUGUGGUUCGACGACGUGGACCCUGAUGACAUUGAGGCGACAGUGGGAGCAGAGGCAGCAGAGAUCAUGAGGAGGAAACAGGGAAUUCAGAAGAGCAAGGACACGGAGAGCGCCCUGGUCAAGGAGAAAGCCUUUGAAGGCCUCACCCGAGCCGUGGCCAUCGAUUGUGAGAUGGUGGGAGUCGGUCCUGAUGGAGAGGACAGCAUCCUUGCUCGUGUUUCCCUCGUGAACCAGUUUGGGAAAUGCAUCUACGACAAAUUUGUGAAACCAACAGAGAAGGUGACGGACUACAGGACAGCUGUUAGUGGCAUCAGACCGGAGGACAUCAGAGAUGGAGAGGAUGUACGGACUGUGCAGAGAGAGGUUGCUGAGAUCCUCCAGGGCAGAAUUGUGGUUGGACAUGCCAUACACAAUGAUCUAAAGAUUUUACUCUUGGAUCAUCCAAAAAAGAAAAUCCGGGACACUCAGAAGUACAAACCUUUCAGGAAAACAGUCAAGAGUGGUCGACCGUCCCUUAAACUCCUCUGUAAAGAAAUACUCAAUGUCAAAGUCCAACAGGGUGAACAUUCAUCCGUCCAGGAUGCUCAGGCCACCAUGAGGCUCUACACACUGGCGAAGAAACAGUGGGAGGCAGAAAUCAAAGCCAAUCAGAAAAACAAAGACUCAAACAAGAAGAGCGAGAGGAAGCCAAAAUUUCCCCAAAACAAAAACAAGAAGCACAUGGGAUUAUGAGAAUCGAAACUAUGAGAAGCUGGGCAGUCUCUGGAUCAGAGCUGAGGUGACUCAGAUUUGAUUCUUGGAAAAGAAGGAACACAAACAAGCGCCAUUCCAAGAUGUGAAAGACUUGUUUUUAUGCCUAUUUUCAGACUUGAUAGCCUUCAACCAGACUUAAAUGUGAGGUUAUUUUUUUCGUUGAACUCUCAGAUUAGUUCAGUUAAGUUUAAGCCCAGCCCAGUUCAGGUCAGGACAAUCCCAUCUUUUAUCAUCUAUACGGGGGGGUUUAAGCACCACUGAGGCAUUUCAUGGAGGCCUAGUCCACACAUAUAUGGGUUUUUGUUGAAAAUUGAGGCUUUUUUAUGUAUUUUGGUCUGUUGUAGACAUACAAACAGCGUUUUAGGUCACUGAAAACUCACCUGGAAAGUGAAGAGAGUUUGGGGCUUGUAACAUCACACUGUGUGCCGCUUUCAUCUUUGUGUAAUGCCACUGGUGUACAAGUUUAUCACUUUGAAGUCCAGUUAGCAACAGCAGAUGCCAAACUUGUGCUGGUGUUAUUGUUGCUAACUGGACUUUUUACAUGCCUAAGCUGAGGUCAGAUAACAUGUUUCCAGCACAAUUAUGGUCUCAUCUGACAGUUGUAGAGUUUCGGGUUGGCCCUGAGAAUCGGCCAUUACAAAAAUGAACAACAAGAUUGUUGCUCAUUUUAGGCUAAGGCUCCUUCAUACGUAUGUAUGAAAAUACAUUUGUGUGUUUUAAAUAUUAAAACCAUCGCUGCUCUCUUAAGUAGAGGUGAGCAUUAAAAAAAAAUCUCUAGAUGUUGCUGUCUCACAAGAUCAUUCUCAACUCAUCUGUUGCUGCUCCGUCCAUCCUCCUCUCGUCUGUCACGUGCCCAGGCGAGCUAACAUCUUAUUUAUGUCUGUCAACUUAAACAAGAUGUAGCAAUAGUUAAUCAGAAAGUUUAAAUAAAUGUCAACAUUUUGCUCUGGCUGAACUUUAGGCAACAUUUCUCCACACUGCCACCACAAUUGGUGGCGGUAUUGCAAUGUUUGGUCUGUAUCCAUAAGAAUACAGAUGGAUGAAAUCAACACAGAGUACAGACGAAAGCUCCACCCAUGUCCGUAUGCAUUUCAGAUGUAGAGCAUAAAUGAGCUUUUAGUAACUGCCAAUAGCAUGAGCAUCAAGCUAGCAUAUCACUUAUGCUAAUGUUUGGAUAGACAGAUAGAGUAUACUACAGUAAAUACAGUAUGUUUGGUCACAGUCUUCUUUCCAGGCAUCUCUAGGCCAGCCCCUCCUCCUUCCAAUGUCAUUUUAUCAAUCGCAAUGAUUGAUCACAUACUAUUGUGUAAUCUGUCAUGUCCUCACUACCUCACAACACUCUGAAGACAUAAACCUUGACACCAAUGUCACCGCUUUUGGAUGAGACUGAAUUCUUACACACUAUUUAAAUCAGUGUUUUAGUAUCGAUUUGUAUAACUUCGACAAUCCCCUCUCUCUCUUUCAGUGUGACAGCUUUUGGCCAAAAAUGCGACUACAGAGCUAAUUUUUUUUAAAGCUUCUGUAUUUUUUGAUACCGUUCAUCAUUAAAAUAUCAGAUUUUAAUGUUUCAGAACAUUGUUUAUCAAAAAGAAUCAAAGUAUUGAAUAUUUUGGCAUCCUGUGCCCAGUGUGAUUGGUAAAUCUGUGUGGGAAUCAGUAAUGAACUGAGAGGUUGCCAACUAAUUCUCAGAAGUUUCACAACCCCAGUAAAGACUCCCACAGUAUCCAGGAGUGCUCAGGCUGUGACUCACACAAAUGAAAGUGUGGGAGAGUAUCCUUUCAGCGAUUUCCUCUUUGAAUAUCUCCAGAUAUCAUUUCCAAAUAUGUAAUUCCCAGCUGUUAGCGGCAGGUGUUCAAAUCCUGAGCCAUCCAGUUUCCUCUAUGGAGAGCUCUUCAGAGCCCAAACUCAUUCGCCCACCAACACUCAGCUGCUUUGUUUCUGUCACUCUGGUCCCAGUUAUAUAUCAGCUGUUUGCUCAGAUCUCUGCUUUCCCAUGAUGUGGUUUGUGAUCAAAUGUUUCCUUGUUGCCUUAGGAUUUAAAUGUUUUGAAAAGUAUGAAUAAAACAGAAGAGAAAUUAUUUAUACAUCAGUCUAUCACAA